CGUCACCUCUCCUCGCCGCCAAGCAAAGGCGAUGCCGAAGAAUCAGCGGAGUUUGUCCUUAGGGCUCUUGAGAUAUAGAGUUUUGGGAACGAAAGCUGUGUGAAUUUUAGGGGGGAUCUAAUAAAAUUUUUUUAAAAUUCAAGCGAAUUUUAGUGAUUUGAAAACAUAUCGAGACUAUCCAUAAGGAAAUAAGCUGUAUCAUUAGCGAUUUGGAGAAUUUAAGGUUAUUUCUUUUGGAUUAUUUCAUUGAAUAAAUCAAAAUUUACGAAUUCAAGUCUAAAAUCUAAUAGAGUGCACUUCACCUGAUUAAUCAUAGGACUUCACUGAUUAAAAUGUGACACGCUUCAAAUUUUUGAAGUCUGAUAAAAAGUCUCUGCCAAACUUCGCACCAGCACAAGAGAUGGCGUUGCGUCUGCAUUCGUGUUUUAAACAGUUGACUUUCUGCUCUAGGACUAAAUGUUCCUUAUUUUUGUUGGUGUUUUUUGUAACUUCUUGUUGGGCGGUGAUCGGUGAUGAUGACGAAACAAAUUAUGUUAAAUUGUUGUUGAGGGACCUCGACAGCAGCAGUGGUGUCCAAGAACAGCAACUGAAUGAGAAAGUGGUCGAUGGCAAAGAUUCUGUCAAAAGGCACUGGGGAAUUUCUGAUGCCACUGCUGUUGUUGGAAAAGUGUUUAGUUAUCCAAUUCCAGAAGAUGCCUUUUCCGGCAGGAUACAAAAAUUUGAGGUUACCGAGGCUGGAGAAUCCAACUUACCUGAGUGGCUACAGUAUGACGAAGACUCUCAGACUUUCUCUGGCGUACCUUUAUCAAAAGAUAUGGGACAAUACUAUAUUAGUGUUAAAGCGAUUGGAUAUUCACCUAAUAAAUCUCCAUCAGCAAAAGAUGUGUUUUCCAUUGAGGUUGUAGAAGAUUCUUCAGAAUCACGUUUAGGAGAUAAUGAAGGAAUGAUUGGCUCCUGUGCCAGCGGAGAAAGUCAAACUAUUGCCAACUUAGUCUUAGAUCUCAAUUUAGAUGAAUUAAAUAUAUCAGAUAGAUUGAGCACAUUGAAAAAAUUGUCAUCCUUCCUCAACAUGCCAGUAAAAAAAUUUAAGCUACUACCAAAAACUGACGAGAACUCAGUGAACUUAAAUGCUGUACUGGCUGGUCCAGGAAAUGCAAAAACAAUCACCAAAAAAGGGGCAGUUAUAGAAUGGAGAAUCGGUUGCUCAAUGUCGAUUUCCACGGAGCAGAAAGCUAUGAUUACAAAGCUGGAAAAUGCUGCAGCAGAUGCAAGUCUUUCUAACGCAAUCGGUUACCCUGUAAUUGGCUGGCAUAUUACCAAUGUUUUCCCAAAAGUCUAUUUUAGAGAAAAAAGGCAAGUUAAUCGUGGUACACCGGUUCCUGGAGUUGUGCCAACUCAGUUGCCUCGGUUUACAGAAAUCGAUGAAUUUGAAAUAACUGAUGAUACUUUAAUUCCAGAAACACGAAUCAUUCCAACAAUGGCUUCUCCAACAAUAAUGCAACCAUCACAUCAUCACAGACAUGGUCAUGGGGAUUUCGGUAUGGAAAGAGGCCAUCAUCAUCACAACCUAAUAGAAUCACCAGCCCUUUUUACAUCACCAACUUUAUACAACCAUCGCUUCCAAACCGCACAUGUGACACCAUUAGGAGCUACACCAGUCAUUGUUCCUGUUAGACCUACAAAAUAUGUAUCUACAACAACCUUAGUUGAUGAAUCUGUACCUGGACGUUACUAUCCAGAAGAGCAUACUCCUUUGGGUGGGCUAGUAUCAUCAAUGAUUAUCCCUACACCUGUUAUAGGCAUAACAGAUGCUUUACCCACUCAGACUUUUGUCUCAUCGGUAGAUUUAAUGAGUUCUGAGAUUAAGCCUACAAAGAGCCAGACAGUUGUAGAGAAAACGAAGAAACCACCUGGAACACCCAACUUUAAACCAACAAUUGAAAAGAGAAUGCAAAAAUUGACAGUGAUAGCAGGUAAAGUAUGGAAAUAUCAAAUACCUCACGAUACAUUUGUCGAUAUGGAAGAUGGAGAUACUCGUCACUUGAAACUUCUCUUCUUGACAUCUGAACGAACUGCUGUCUCACCUACAUCGUGGAUUCAGUUUGAUCCUGUUAAACAAAUGCUUUACGCUUUACCAUUAGAUGAACAUAUAGGCAAAUAUGAAUUUAUAUUGGAAGCAAUGGAUAACGAAGGCGCAUCCACUAAUGACAGACUUGAUAUUCAUGUUUGGCAGCAUCAAUCUGCUCGCACCAAACAUCACGAGUUCUCUGUUUCUCUUAAACUUAAUAAAUGGCAAUAUCCUAUCACAAUCGACUGGAAUAUUGAAUUUGCAAAACGGCUCUCCGCUUAUUUUGGUGAUAAAAAUGAAAGCAAUAUCGCUGUUCAAGCUGUGACAACAGAACCUCUCACAACAAUUACUUGGUCUAAUGAUACUCUUCCCACUUAUCCUUGUCCAAAUGAUGAAAUAACAGAUUUAACUAAUAAAUUAAUUGAUGAAAAUUCCAACAAAAUAUCUGUUGCAUUUAUAAAGGCAAUGGGACAAGAUUUAAAAGUAGUUGAUGCAAGUGUGAAUUUUCUUGGUGUGUGCCGCACUCCAGUUUCAACCACUUCACCUACUCAUACAAAUUAUGCACCUUUAUUGCGUAAUCCAAUUGAACGAAUCAAUACGACAGUUGGUGAAAUAUUACGUUUCAGAAUUCCAGACGAUACGUUUUACGAUUUUGAAGAUGGUAGCACUAGAUAUCUCACUCUUACUUUCCUAACAAUUGAAAAUGUUCGCCCUCCUAAAUCAUCAUGGGUGCAGUUUGAUCAUAAGUCGCAAGAGCUUUAUGGACUACCUUUUGAUGGUGAUACUGGUAGACAUGAAUAUCAGUUGGUAGCUAUGGAUAAUAAUGGCUUACAAAUAAAUGAUGUUUUUGUCAUUGAAGUUCAUCCUCGCCCACCAAAGAAAUGGAAUGUUGAAUUUAGUCUUCAUAUCGAUCAUGACUAUGAAGAAUUUAGCAAAGAUAUAAGUAAAAAAGUGCUAGUUGCUUGGAAAUUGGCCAAACUGUAUGAUGAUCCUGAUCCUCGUUACAUCACUAUCGGAUCUAUCAGCAAAGGAUCAGUUGUUUAUGCCUGGACAAAUAACACUCUACCUCAUGACCCUUGCCCAAAACGAACUAUCGAUAAACUGGUAGAAAAUAUGAUAAAUGAAGAUGGUACUUUAUCAUCUAAACUAACCGAUGCUAUGCUUCCAGAAUUUAAGGUAAUUAAAGCUGAUGCCAUGCCUUUAGGUAUUUGCUUAGGUGAAGUCACUCCAACUUCUGUUACAAUUCCACCUCCUCCAAUAACAGAAGCGGCUGAGCCAGCCGUCACUACUGAUGAUGAUAUCUAUAUCACAACAAUUAUUCCAGCUGUAGUGAUAGCAGUUAUGUUAAUAAUUGCAGCCUUAGUUGCUUGCUUCCUGUAUCGUAAGAAAAGAAAAGGAAAGAUGACAAUGCAGGAUAACAAUACUUUCAUUGGAAAUCGUGCACCUGUAAUAUUUGGUGAUGAAAUGGAGGAAAAACCUGAUCCUGCCAAACCGCCGGUGAUAAUGCGUGAAGAAAAACCACCCCUAGCUCCUCCGGAUUAUUUAAGAUCUUCUGUGAGCAGCAGAGAUUCAACGCCACAUCUUGAUAGAGUAGAGCAGGCUAAUAUUAGGAAUACAAAUGCUGAUCUCCAUACGGAUCCUUCCCCUCCAUAUCAACCACCCCCUCCUUUCACCACUAACAGAGACAGCAAGAACUCCAGACCUAAAGGCACUCCGACUUACAGGCAACCUCCACCAUAUAUGCCUCCUGUACCACCUUAGUCUUUUUCAAAUACCUUGCAGAGUGGGCUUUAAUGUGCCUUCACCUGCCAAAGAAGGACUCCUUGUGUAUUCUAUCGUAAAUGUUACGUUAAUAUCUGUUUAAUGCCUGCUCUUCUCUCAUGCAAUGACUAAGAGCUUUGGAAGCAGAAAAAAAAAUUAUUCUAAUGCUGAAACUUGUGUUACAGAAAUCUGAAAUAACAGCAUCUUGUUGAAUCAGUGUUAUGCUUUCUCAAAUAUUUGCAGAACAGAAGAAAGUUUGUGUUUUGUAAUUGCAUGUUUUGUGUGGCAAUCUUUCAUUUAAAUGCCAAUUUUUUAAAAUAUAGUAUGAAGUUGUAUAUCAAUUUGCAACGAAGAUAUACCUGUGAAAAUUUUUAUAUUGUGCCUAUUCUCAACGUUAUUUAUCAGUUAUUUGAGUAGUAAUAACAAUUUCCUAUAUUAAAAUCUGUAACAGUAAAAUCUUUUUUUUUUUUAAUCAUCUUUGCAUGUUACAUUCAAUUUUCAAUUCCUCUUGUUCAUUUAAGAUUUUGCCUUUAAAGAAGCGUGCUGAUGAACAUUUAAUGGCUAGGAUCGUUUAAAUUUGAAAAUUUUUUGAUAAGGAAACAGUGAAAGUUUAAUAAAUAAAAGUGACUUUUCUUUUAAAAUAAUAUUUUGCAUCGGUCCCCUCACCCCAUGUUAUAAUAUUAAAUAUUAUAAAAUUUAAAAAAGGAUGGCAAGAUAAAUAAAAUUGCUGCAAUAAUAAAAAAUAAGGUGGUAUCAAAAUUUUAAACAAUUCUUUAUUUUAAAGCAAGCUGUUUGUGUGUGAUAAAAUUACAAAAUUGGAAGUCAGCAGUGAGGUCACAACUUAGCAUUUAAGUUAGUUUUUUAUACACUUGCAUUUUUUAAAUAAGUUAUUGGCUCGCACCCAUUCAAAAAUUGAUCUGUAAACUUAUGAUGGUCUUAUAUAAUAAAUAAUUUUCAGUAGUUUAAUUAAAUUACAAAUCUAGUCAAAGUAAUUUCUUAAGAUUCAAGUUUUCUCAAAUCAUCCUGAAUCACAUGUUAUCGGCAGCUGUUAUCUGAUUAUUGUUCACACUAUUAAACCUGAUAUUUUGUACGAUUUAAUAUAGUUUAUUGUACUUAAAUGAUUUUCAUUCUUUAAGAAAUUGUACAGAAACCAAUUUAAAAUCAAAAUUUAAAAACAUAUCUGUUUAAAUCAAGACAUAAAUUUAUUCAAUCAAGUAAUGUUUUUGUAAAAUGUUUCAAUGCAUUUUUUUUUUCAUGUAAAAUAUUUCUGUGUGUAUUUCAAUGGCUUUAGUGUAAUUUCAUUUUCACUCAUCUAUUUUUCUAUGUAGUUGUUAUGCAUUAAGUCUAAUAUUUAAGCAUACAUACCAUGUUUCAAUUUGUUUUGUUAUAAUCUUUCUAUAACUGUAGCUCAUAUUUUUACUAACACUAAAUUAAAAAAUAUUACAUAUCUAACAAACUAAUAUUAAUAUAUUGUUGCUCUAUAUUAUUUAAAGGAUUUCAUUGUUCUUAAUAAGAUAGACUUGUUUCAUUGAAGAAGCGGUGCUAACAGUUUCUAUUUAUUUUAAUUUAUUUAACAAUUUUUUUCAUUGUCUUAUAAAUUUAUCAUCUGUUUUUUCAUAGAUGCCAACUAUUAGGCUAGAACUUACUUUACUCAAUGCAAAAUACAAUGUUAAUAAAUAUUUUGUCUCCCAAUAAAUAGUGCAACUAACUGUAAUAAUAAAUUUCCACGUAAAUUUAGAACACUCUUUGUUUUAACCCUUUAUAUUGAUUGUUUACUCCAAUUUUAACUUUACACCAAUCUAAAGCAUAAUAAAAUUUCAAUUUAAAUAAUUUAUUUUCAAUCAGAUUGUCAUAUUUUUACUGUAUCAUUCUAAUUUAACAUUACUUUUUAAUCGAUCUGGAAAAACAAUUAGGUUUCGAAAUUGUCACAAAAAUUAAACUCUUUUUAUUCACAAAUUCAUUCAUUUUGUGUUGAUUAAAUGUUUAAAAAAAAAAAUUAAUAUUCAUCCUAAAUAUAUUUUAACAGCCUACCCUACUCAAUAUGCUAGAAAAAUUGGUCUUAUUCUUGUAUAUCUAAAGCAUGCAUAACAUACAUAAUAUCAUUAUUUUUUCAAAUAUUUUUUUCCUCCUUAAACUUUUUUCCUCCAUAAAUUGAGAACUUAUUUUUUUAAAAUAUUUAUUCAUGUUUUGUAUAUUAUUUUACUAAAAGAUAUCCUUCAGUUUUCCAUUACUUGUCGCUUACAUAUUCCAUAUUUCUUUAUUCCUUAAAUCGGAGUAUAAAAGUUGGAAGUUCUAAGUUGGCAUCUAGUUUUAGUUAUCUAAUGAUAUAAUAUGUAAAUGAAAGUUCGAUUUUUUUUUCUUCAUUGCAUUAAAUUUUAACAAAUGCAUUUAGUUUGCUUUAUUUUGGCAAAUAAAUAAUUAGUUGAAUUAUUUAUGGAACAUACUCAAUAUUUGCUAUGUACCUAAUUUGGUUGAUAAAUAUUAACUUUUUCAAACAAUACACUCUGUAAGUUACUUAAAAUUGUAUGUGUUGUAUAUGAAAGCUAUAUUUGUUUUUUUUAAAUAAAUUUUAAAUUUGAUUGAUGUUCUAAAUGCAAUUUGAUGUUUUUAUAUAUUGUUAGCAAUUAAAAUUAUUUUUUUCAGAAUAUGUAUUAAUUUCAAUGAUAUGUUUUAUGACAGAAAUAUGUGUCACAAAUGGUAGAAAAAAUUAUUUCAAGCUUAUUUUUUAAUGCAUUGUUUUUAUUUUGUUUUAUAAAAUAUGUCAUAAAUCAUAUUUAUUUUGUGUAAGCCUAAAAUGAUAUUUCAUUGCUCACAUAUCGGUUUAUUUUUAGUUACUUAAUGUUCCAUUAAUGAUUGUAAGCAUUUUUUUUUCUAUUUAUGUUGUGAAAUUAUUAAUGUAUGUUGUGAAUUGUCCUGGAAAAUUUAAGAAACGAUGGAAAGUGUAUUAGAGCAAUAGGAUUUAUCAGUUAGGAAUUCAGUUAGAUUUCCUAGCAGGAAAUAUUUAAAUUUUUACUUCUGAUUGUGAAGUGUUUAAAAUGUUUCAACAAAGUGACCUAAGUCAGUGUGAUUCAGUUGUGUUAAUAAAAUAAAAUAAACAUUUUCAAUAAA